CCUACAAGGCGUGGAAUAAUUGUGUCUCCUCUCCAAAAGUAUUUCAUCUGAAGAGAGGAGGUGGGGGGAUACUGAGAGCAUCAUCGAUGGCCCAGUCACACAGGGUGAGUCACACGGAGCAUCGACAUUAUAGCCCUGCAGUUAAAUCAUACAGCCGGGCAGAGUGAAGCCUGUAGGCAUCAGGACAUCAUCUGAACAGCCGCCGGCCGAGAUACCAGCUGCAUCAUGACUGCAAUGGAGGAGCAGACAGGGACUGGCUGCCUCACUGAAUAACAUUAGCCGCCUUCUGAGAGGAAUAACGCUGGUGCUGACUGUAAAAGCGAAGGAGCUGACACAGUGGUUUGUACAGCAGAGCUGUGAGAGUGACUGACCUCCAUCAACACUUCUCCACUAGGGUGCUACAAUAAGACAGCCAUGCCACCCCCAGCUGACAUCGUGAAGGUGGCUAUUGAAUGGCCUGGUGCUAAUGCUCAGCUUAUAGAGAUGGACCAGAAAAGACCUUUGACCUCAAUUAUUCGUGAAGUGUGUGAUGGCUGGUCUCUGUCAGGCUCAGAGCAGUUUGCUCUGCGUUAUGCUGAUGGCCCUCAGCUUUAUAUCACUGAGCAGAGCCGCAGUGAAAUCAAGAAUGGGACCAUCCUUCGAUUGGCCAUUUCUCCUGCUCGUGCUGCUCGUCAGCUCCUGGAGAGGAUCCAGUCCCACGGUAUCGACGCUCGCCUGGAGGCUCUAAAAGAGCUUGCCAAGCUGUCUGCAGACCCAACCUUUGCCACAGAGUUCAUCAAUAUGGAGGGCAUCGGGACACUGGCCCGUCUUGUCGAGAGUGGCACCCACUUUGGUGAAAUGCUGGCCUUCACUCUCACUGCUUUCCUGGAGCUAAUGGAUCACGGCAUUGUGUCCUGGGACCUUAUCUCCCUCUCCUUCAUCAAACAGAUUGCAGGCUAUGUGAACCAGCCCAUGGUGGAUGUGUCCAUCCUGCAGCGCUCUCUGGCCAUCCUUGAGAGCAUGGUGCUCAACAGCCACAGCCUCUACCACCGAGUGGCACAGGAAAUCACCGUGGGACAGCUCAUCGGGCACCUGCAAGUGUCAAACCAGGAGAUCCAGACGUACGCCAUCGCUCUCAUCAAUGCUCUUUUCCUGAAGGCACCAGAAGACAGACGGCAGGAGGAGUAUACUAACCCGCUGGAGCAGCACCUCACUGAAAUGGCAAGCACUCUGGCCCAGAAACACCUGCGAUCCAUCAUCCUCAAUCAUGUUAUAAGAGGAAAUCGACCAAUCAAAGCAGAAAUGGCACAUCAGCUGUAUGUGCUGCAGGUGUUGACCUUCAACCUUUUGGAGGAACGAAUGAUGACCAAAAUGGAUCCUAAUGAUCAGGCUCAGAGAGACAUCAUUUUUGAGCUGCGUAGGAUUGCCUUCGAUGGGGAAAAUGAUCCCACUGGUACAGAAAAAAGGAAGGCAAUGUACACCAAGGACUACAAGAUGCUGGGUUUCACUAAUCACGUGAACCCAGCCAUGGACUUUACCCAGACUCCUCCAGGGAUGCUGGCUCUGGACAACAUGCUGUACCUGGCCAAGGUUCACCAGGACACAUACAUCAGGAUUGUCCUGGAGAACAGCAGCCGCGAGGAUAAGCACGAAUGUCCGUUUGGCCGAUGUGCCAUCGAGCUCACUCGAAUGCUGUGUGAGAUACUCCAGGUUGGAGAAUUGCCUAAUGAGGGCUGCAAUGAUUACCACCCCAUGUUCUUCACCCAUGACCGGGCAUGGGAGGAGUUCUUCUGUGUCUGCAUCCAGCUACUUAAUAAAACCUGGAAGGAGAUGAGGGCCACUGCUGAGGACUUCAAUAAGGUGAUGCAGGUGGUCCGUGAGCAGAUCACCAGGGCUCUGGCGAUGAAGCCAUCGUCUCUAGACCAGCUGAAGAAUAAACUGCGAGGCCUCAACUAUUCAGAAAUUCUGCGUCUGCGACAGUCAGAAAGAAUGAGCCAGGAUGACUUCCAGUCUCCACCUAUCAUUGAACUACGGGAGAGAAUUCAGCCCGAGAUCCUGGAGCUCAUCAAGCAGCAGCGACUCAACCGGCUGUGUGAGGGAAGCUGUUUCCGUAAGCUGGGGAACCGCCGGAGGCAAGAGAAGUUUUGGUUCUGCAGACUCUCUCUGAAUCACAAAGUGCUGCACUACGGGGACUUGGAUGAGUCACCUCAGGGUGAAGUGCCUUUUGAGCUACUCAGUGACAAGAUCCCCGUCUCUGAUAUCAAGUCUGUGGUGACCGGGAAGGACUGCCCUCAUAUGAAAGAGAAAAGUGCUCUGAAACAAAACAAGGAGGUGCUGGAGUUAGCCUUCUCUGUCCUCUAUGAUCCUGAUGAGACGCUCAACUUUGUUGCACCCAACAAAUAUGAGUAUUGCAUCUGGACUGACGGGCUGUGUGCGCUGCUGGGCAGAGAGAUGGGUAGUGACCUGACACGCAGUGACCUAGAUACUCUCAUCAGCAUGGAGAUGAAGCUCCGCCUCCUCGACCUUGAGAACAUCACGAUCCCAGAAGCCCCGCCCCCUGUGCCGAAGGAGCCUAGCUCAUAUAACUUCACCUACAACUACAGCUGAGAUGUGUGUUAGUGUGUGUGUAUGUGUGUGUGUGUUUGCAAGCAUGCGUGUGUUUGUCAAGAAUGAGUACACUUUUCUUCAUCUUUUGAUGAAUUUAGCGGCAGAUGUGUGAUCUGGAAAAGCCUAUUUUAUGUUUUGUUUUGUUUUUUUUUAACAAUUCAGAACCCGGGAGAGAUCCUCUAUCUGUGUUUGUGAUGUUGUAUGGUUUGUCAGAGGAGGAGAAGUUUGUUUAUAGCUUCACACGGAAGUCAGUGGUCAGAGUCCACUACAGAGCAAUGAGUGAAUCUCAUUUAUCAGUGCAGUCUCCAGGCAACGUCUUAAUCUUGACUCGCCUGUCUUUGCAAUUUAAAGGUAUAAACCUGCCAAGAAAGAUAAAAAAUGAUGGUGCCCGAUGGUGAAUAUGGAUGGAAAGCUGUACAAAUCUGCUAAUUAGUCUUAGUCAGUCAAGCCAUAUGUGUGAUCUCCAUGGCAACAGAAGAUGAAGUAGCUUCCUUUCCAGAUUCUUUGAUUCGGCACAGUGAAACAUCACAUACAUCCCCGCUGUCAGAGUGGAGUGAGUUGGGCUCAGAGUUUAAACUAUACUCCUGUUGAGUAUGACGUUUCUGGUUAAAGGACGGUCUUCCCAAUCAAUUCAACAUCCUGCUGCCCAUCAUGGUCCCAAUGUCAAGAUAUCCAAUCAGCAGUUGAGAAUUUGACAGGUCAGAAAAAAUACAUAGCAGUAGUAUUUAUUUGUUUAAUCUUUAAAACGUCAGAAAAUAAUGAAAAAUGUCCAUCACAGUUUCCUAGACUCCAAGUUAAUAUUUUUAGAUUGCUUGUUUUGUCUGACCACAGUUCCAAAACCUUUUCAGUUUGAUAUAUUCAGUUUGCUAUUAUGGAAAACUGAAAAAACUCCAGCAAAUGUUCACAUUUGAAAGGCUGGAAUUCUUGGCAUUUCUGUCUAAAAAAUGUCUCAAACAAUUAAUAGAUUAUAAAAAUCGUUACAGAUUAUUUGUCUGCCAAUUGACUAAUCUGUAAAUUGACUCUAUAAAAGUGUUUAAUAGUAUGUAUCCAUCAAGGCUUUUGUUUACUUAACAUUCAUGCUGCUUCAGGUGGUUUGAAUCACUUCUCGCCUCAGCCUAGUACAUCUUUUCAUAGCCUAUUAUAUGGUGUGAGUAAAUAUAUCCCAUUGGAUCAAUGAAACUGUUAAACGUAUGUGAUGUGUGAACAUUUUUGAAGAUGCUCUUGCCUACCAUACUGUAUGUGUCUGUGAGUGUGUAUGUCUGCGUGUGUGUGUGUGUGUGUGUGUGUGUUCAGAGUUCGAGACUCAGUGUAAAUUGUUCAUCUUAAGGAAUUGUUUCUGAAUCCCACACAAUCUUAAUAUUUCCAAAGCUCUAACAUCCAACACAUUAAUGAUAUGAACCACUUUAGUUGAAUCAUAGUCACUGCAUUGCCUUAUCAGUCAUACACUCACUAUAUAGUUUGGCAUUUAUAAGCGGUAUAUCAACAAUGAAUGAAUGGUUUAUAACACAUAACAUACUAUAAUGUAGUUGAAUGCAGAUAUAAGGACAUUUUUAAUUGUUUAUGAAUGUUUCCUCCUAUGAAGCAUUCAUAGGUGGGAUGGUAUAAACAGUUAAUGAACAUUUAAUGUAUAUAAGUAUAACGUUGUUGUUAUAAUAAUAUAUAAUCAUAUAUCUUCAGUAGUUAAUUAUAAGAUAUAUAAUGGCUGUAUACUAUACACAUGUAAAGCAGGUUUAAAACUAUUAAUAGGCUAUUUAAAACUACUGAAAAUAUUGUUAUAUAUGAUGUGUUAUCAAACAUUCAUUAACUGUUUACAAUGUACAAUAGCCAUGAAUGCCUCAUAGGAUGAAUUACAAUUAUUAACAAAGAUAGUAAUAAACACUUAAAAAUGUCCUAAUAUUCACUACAACUACAUUACAGUGUGUUAUAAACCAUUUGUUAAUUGUUUAUAUACUGCUUUCACAUGAUAAACUGGGGUCGGGGUUAGAACAGAGUGUAACCGUAUUUGUAAAGAUUAUAGUGACAAGUUACAGUGACGUUUUUCUUCAGUACAACGGUUUUGUUUGAAACAAACAUACCUUUACAUUCCACGUGUGUUUGCUGGCUCUGGUGUUUGAUUUUUAGACUUGUUGACACACUGUGCACAGGCAAAAGAGACAAAAGAGCAGCCCUGUUGGCGUGUUUUAAUUCACAUCCCAGAAGCACCACCCUCAGAUGACAGGAAGCAGGUCACAAUCAUGGCUGCAGGCAUCGGGAGUGUCUAGUACUGCUCAUGUAUCUGUAUGAGCGUACUGUAUUGUGUGCUUUGUAUACAGUGAUAUAAAUUAUAGUACUGUUGCUUUGGACCCACAGUGUUAGUUUUAAACAUUUUUGAGUAUUUUAUUCAUGUCACAUAAUGUCCUGUCAACUAUUAAUCUAGUACUAAUCACUGCUGUCAUUUGUUAAUGCAGAAUAGAGUUAUAUUUUUGUAAAUGAUUGUACAAUCUUAUUAGCUGUGAAGAGAAUGGGUAUCGAACUAACACAACAUUUUCACGUUGCAUCACUCUGUACAGUACAGUCAACAUGCUCACUACUGUGGAAGGACAUUUCACCACUGAAUAAAAAAAAGUUUUCGGUUUUCACAUUUUUUUAAAGCCACAACCACGUUUUCAAACCACAAGCACCUCAUAUGGGCUUAGAUUUAGUAAUGACACCCACUCCAGCACCUAAUGAUGAUGUCAGUGUUAAUGUAUCUUAUACUGCUAAUGGGAAUGCUAAAAAUUCCCAGUGCUGUUGAUGCUGUUUGUGAAAAGGAAUAUAUUUGAAAUGUUUUCUGUUUUUUAACUGAAGUUGGAGGUUUUAACUGCUUAAAAGGUUGUUUUUUUUAAAUUCCAGUAAACCCUGAAGCUGCUCACAGAAAAUUAAAAAAAAAAACAUUAACUACAAAAUGCCACAGUGAGUAAAGGGUUGUUGCAUUGGAUGUACUAACAGUAUGACUUGAAGUUUUUGCAUCUGGUACUCUUUCACAUGACUUGCUAAACUAUUUAUUUACACUUGCUAGCUAUAGUAAAGAAUGACAUGUUGUUAGUUAAGAAAUAACAACAAAAAACAUUGUAUGUAUAUACAGUAUUGUGUUGCCUUAUUGAAGAAAACGUAUUAUGUUUUGUGUGAAUAAAUACAAAGUCUAACUACGGUU